AAGUAGAAUAGAUAGUGAAUUUAGGCCAAAAAAUAGUGAAGGAGGUUAUAGUAUCCCUACGGAAGCGUGAAGAUAGUUUCAUUCGAUUGUAUCGUCGCACACUAAACGGCUAUAAUUGGCGUUACAAUUCACAUUUACCAUUCCAAUUUCCAUUUCACAAUACGAAUCAAAACUCAAUAUAACCCUCAAACAUAACAUCGAUCGUCACUGGGUUUAGGUUUUUUACUUUCUUUUGCCACCCAAUUCCAAACUUUUACUUUUUUUCUUUCUUUCCAUCUUUUCGUAUACCCAAACACAUAAAAAAAACAUAAACUUUUGGUUUUGUUUUUUCUUUCUUUCUGGAUUCUUCUUCGCCAUGUCUGAGGGGUAUUAUAUUUCGAAGAAGACUGAUGAUAUCUGCGAGGAUGUUUGUGGAGAGCAGGGAACACCGGCAGCACUGAACAUGUCGAGACUGAAGUGUAUUUUGCGAGGAUUGGACUUCAAGACUUACAUGUUUAUGUUUAUUAUCAUCCCAAUAGGUGUCUUUUUAAUCUAUUUGCACGGGCAGAAAAUUACAUACUUUUUUAGACCAUUGUGGGAAUCUCCGCCGAAGCCAUUUCAUGAAAUCCCUCACUAUUAUCACGAGAAUGUGUCGAUGGAGUCUCUUUGUAAACUUCAUGGGUGGGGAAUUCGUGAAUCGCCGAGGCGUGUCUUUGACGCGGUUUUGUUUAGCAAUGAAGUUGAAAUGCUUACUAUCCGAUGGAAAGAAAUGUAUCCUUAUGUUACACAGUAUGUGCUUCUGGAAUCAAACUCAACGUUUACCGGGUUCGUCAAGCCGUUGGUUUACGCGGGCAAUAGGGGCAAGUUCACGUUUGUUGAGCCACGUCUGACAUAUGGCGUUAUUGCUGGGAGGUUCAGGAAAAAGGAAAAUCCGUUCAUUGAGGAGGCGUAUCAAAGAGUUGCGUUGGAUCAGCUUCUGAGGAUAGCAGGCAUUGAAGAUGACGAUCUUUUGAUAAUGUCUGAUGUUGAUGAGAUUCCUAGUGCUCACACAAUUAAUCUCUUGAGAUGGUGCGACGAAAUCCCUCCGGUUCUUCAUCUUCAACUGAGGAAUUACUUGUACUCUUUCGAGUUUUUUCUCGACAACAAAAGUUGGAGAGCAUCAAUUCACAGAUACCAGGCUGACAAGACAAGGUAUGCACACUAUAGACAGUCUGAUCUACUGCUAUCGGAUGCUGGCUGGCAUUGCAGCUUCUGUUUCCGUCAUAUCAGUGAAUUUGUGUUUAAGAUGAAAGCUUACAGCCACUACGAUCGGGUGAGGUUCCCUCGUUACUUGAACCCUGAACGGAUCCAGAAUGUGAUAUGCAAAGGUGCUGACUUAUUCGACAUGCUUCCUGAAGAGUAUACAUUUAAGGAGAUCAUUGGAAAACUUGGACCGAUUCCCCAUUCUUAUUCUGCAGUGCAUCUUCCUUCGUAUUUAUUAAAUAACGCAGAUAGAUACAGGUAUUUGUUACCCGGUAACUGCAGAAGAGAAAGUGGCUGAAUCUGAAUGCAGGUGUUUUCUUUAAUUUUGGAACUAAUUGAAUGAUUCAUUGGGUCAUUCAUUAGAGGGAUCCUCAGUAAAGGCUGGUAAGAUUUUGAAAAUUGACACAAAACUCUGUUUAUCCAAUUUUCGAAAUCCUAUUGGAGAAGCACCGGAGGACACCAUACAAGGGAAACAUAGUUUUUUUUAUGCCUUUUGAGCAAGCUUCUGUACCAUGGAAUUUGGAUUUAUUGGACAAGUUAUACACAUUCCAACCACUUUGGUUACUUUCUGAUUUAACUUUAAUUCAAUUGCUUCUUGAGCUCCAUUUUGAUUA